GGGUAUUUCACAUGCACAAUGAUAAGUAAAUGUUACAACUGGAGUCUCAUGGGCCAUAAGCAGGACACAUACGGAGUACAAGGCAGCAAGCACAUAUUUCAAACAGACACAACAUCUUCACUGUGUUCUUGAGAACUUGGCCCAUCAGUAGGGUGGAUGCAUUUCACGAAGUGCUAAAAAUUACACUACCUUCCCCCAUACAUGAAGGGACGCCGCAUUUACGUGCUGAGGUGUUGGAUCUUGUUCCCCAGCCGAGUUUCGUGCCGAAUUCAUGAAAUCUUCGAUGUCCACUCCAUCGAGUCUGUACCAAGAUUUAAUCUCCUGAAGGAAGACUGUGUCCCCCGCGGUAGGGACGGAUGCGUGCUCGCCGCUAGAGAAAGUUAUAGCCGGGUUAUCUCUGCCAAAGAGUUGUAGCUAACGUUGCUGCUGAUCCAAUUAUGAAUACCCUUCUGCAGAAGCUCUUGUCGAGGAUUUGGCAAACGAUAUUUAGACGUAUUCAAUCCGGCGACCGUUGCGUACUCCGAGCCUAUGAGGUCCUUUGAUGAGAGCAGACAGGAAACGACAUUACGGUCUGCCUCGAGAAUUAUCUUGGACGCGCAUGUGAAAAUACUCAAUGUCACCUUCGCGUAGGGAUGAACAUUUGCGAUCUCGGUGGCAACAGAAUUGAACGCCUUCAAGGGUCCAAGAAACGAGGAGUUGAAUGUGUUGAUUGUAUCAGAUACGGAUUGUAGGUUGUUGGCUGCUGAAAAA